AUGAGGAGUUCUAGAGGACUGGUUGGCAUUUCUGUUGAUGGAGAAGAAUUUUUGCUUAAAUCAACUUUAUGGACUUUUGGUGGAUUUGGUGCAUUCGGUUGGGCUACAGCAGAUCUCAAUUCUUACUGUUCAGAAAAUUCUCCCGAGUCUGCUACAAAUUUACAAAUAGCAGGCUCCAGUAUUCAUAUUAGUGAUUUUGUCUGUGAAUCUAUUGGGCGUCUCAAACUUUCAAACUAUGAAAUUGGUAUAAAUAACUUACUUCCUGAUUCUAUGCAUCUCAAAUAUACCAAAGCAGGUAUUGCUAUCUAUUCAGGCAUAAAUCGUGAUGCUCUAUUUAUGUUUGAUAAUAGUAGCAAUUAUGGUUUAUUUGCUGAAGAUGCCCUUUUGGUCUCACAAAUGGAUAUAAAAGAUGGUACAAAAAAACUACUUCUUUAUGAUGAUACAAUGUCUGAUGGUUCCAAGCAUAUAAUGAUCUAUAUAGACAAUGCUAAUGUAAAAAGGUCUAAGAGAAUUAAACAGGUUCUUGAAGAAAGAGAUUUUGUUAGUUUAUUAAAAAUUCACUGCUUUGCUUGCCGUUCUGAACAAUUUAUGAGUGCUUAUGAACUUGGACUUUCUGGAAAGGCUGCUGACUUUGCAGUAAAGAAGUAUCAUUCUCAUUGUCGAAUUUCAAAACAAGUUCUUGAAGAAUUCACUUAUGAUUAA